AAAUUUGUUUUUUUUAAAAAAGAAAAGCGGCAAGAAGAUUAGGAAAGAACUGACUUUGCUAAUUUGAAGCACCAUCUUUCCCAAUUUUCUCUCUCAUCAAAAAAAGCAACUGAGUCAAUUCUUUGAAGAACUCCAGCUUAAUUGAGGUGGGGGCAGUUGCAGAGUUCUGCACACAAAUCAAAAUUAGUGAUGGGAGAUGACAAAUCUACCAUGGGUAAUUCCAGUAGAGAAAGAGAUCGGGAACUCCUCAUUCCAGUUGCUGAUUCUUCCGGCAAUCAUGAUGAUUCUGCUAAACCUAGCCCUUCUGUUUCAUCUUCCCAUACUGGUCGAGAGACUUUUUCUAAAAUAAUCAGAAGUUGGGCUUCAAAGAAGUUUAUGACUGGAUGUGUCAUCCUGUUUCCAAUAGCUGUCACUUUCUACGUAACCUGGUGGUUCAUACAUUUUGUGGAUGGGUUUUUCUCUCCUAUCUAUGCUCAACUUGGAAUUGAUAUUUUUGGCCUGGGAUUCAUAACUUCAAUAGCAUUCAUAUUCUUGGUGGGUGUGUUCAUGUCUUCAUGGUUGGGAGCAUCUGUUUUAGGCCUUGGUGAGUGGUUUAUUAAGAGGAUGCCUUUUGUUCGUCACAUCUACAAUGCCUCAAAGCAAAUUAGUUCCGCAAUAUCACCAGACCAAAACACACAGGCCUUCAAAGAAGUUGCCAUCAUUAGACAUCCGAGAAUUGGAGAAUAUGCUUUUGGGUUCAUCACAUCAUCUGUUACUCUGCAGAAUUAUUCUGGGGAAGAGGAUUUAUGCUGUGUCUAUGUUCCCACCAACCAUCUGUACAUUGGUGAUAUCUUUCUGGUCAACUCAAGGGAUGUAAUCAGACCAAACCUAUCAGUUCGAGAAGGAAUUGAAAUUGUAGUGUCUGGUGGCAUGUCUAUGCCGCAGAUCCUUUCAACAUUGGAUACACAUAUAGGCCAUAUCGACAGAGUAAGAUCCAACAGAAGCUGAGACUGAUGGUAUUGUUUAGGUUAUAGAUUGUCUGUUAAGUAGAUAGUUAACCAGAAAGUCUCAAUGUAUGGGAAAGUACUAUGCAAUGCAAUGCAACCUGUUUAUAUUCAUCUUUCGGAAGACCAAUUAUUAGUGUUAAAUUAUUUUUGAAGUUGUGUUUGGUUUUCUUUUUUUUUUUUUUUUGGGAAUACGAUACGUUAUCUAUUUUUUGUACAAUGUAGAUGUAGAGCGUUGCCAAAACCAGAAGCACGAUGUUACCUGACUAUAGGAUUCUGUUUCUGUUCAAGCUUAACUUCUAUGUUUUCUGUUUGUAUGUUGGUAACUUGCUCAGGCAACACAACAUUGUAACGAUUCUAUUUAGAUUGAUCCUUCCGAAGAUGGUACGCAGUGUA